AUGCAGGGCCCCUAUCCCCAUGUCUUGAUCAUAGGUGCUGGCCUGGGCGGCCCAGCCCUUGCUCAAAUGCUACGCAAGCGAGGCAUUUCUUUCGAAAUCUUCGAACGUGAUGCUGGUCCUAAUAGCCGCUUUCAGGGCUGGUCGUUGGGGACUCACAAUCUGAUUCACAAACACCUAAUACCAAAUAUGCCAGACGACAUGCCGUCCACCGAAGUUCUCGACCACCUAUACCCCGUUGAUCUUCCGCUUCAGUUUGCAUGGUAUAAUGCCGACGACGCCUCCAGACGAUGGGGCAUUCAGGACGAGGGGACCAGGGACCAUUUCCGAGCCAACCGGCUGCGCUUGCGUGACUGGUUGACCCAUGGCUACGACGUACAGUGGAACAAGAAGGCCAUCAAAGUGGAGGAAACCAACGACCAUGUAACGGUAUACUUUGAAGAUGGCACUUCAGCCAUAGGUGAUCUCCUCGUCGGUGCCGAUGGCGCACGCAGCAUUACCUCCGUACCAGUGUUGAAGUAUGUGACGGACAAAUAUCACGAAGACAGACCCCCUCUUCAGGCGGUAUUUGGCAAUUACAAGGUCACCGGCGACGAUCUCCUGCAGCAACUCAACAUUGCGCAUUCAGCCUACACCGUCAGCAGCACCGAGGAUGACAAACGAAGCUUCUUUGCCGCCAUCGACCACAUGGACCAAGACGGCAAAACUGCUCACUGUUUCUGGUCGCUGUACUGGGAGGAUUUGCACCCAGGAGAGCCGUACUGGACGCAGAGUGCCACAGCACAGGACUUGCUCGAGUUUGUCCAGAAGCAGACAGCAUCCUUCGACCCUUCACUGCGUCUACCCAUUGAAAAGACCACAGUGGAUGGUAUUGUGCUACCGCCUCUCUCCUUUCACGAGGUCGAGCUUCAAGGGUCCGAUUUGAAACCUGGUCGGAUCACUUGCAUUGGAGAUGCCGCUCAUUCGAUGAUGCCGACUCGGGGACAAGGCGGUGUGUCUGCGUUGCACGACGCGGUGGAUCUAGCCAAAGCAAUCGCCAAGAUCCGUGAUACAGGAGCUAAGGGCAAAGAACUGGAGAAGAUCAUGGCCGAGUAUCACGAAGUCAUGCAGGGUCGGGCACUAGAAGCAAUUCAUGGCGCCAGGAUGAACUACAAGCUGGGUGCUGAACACCGUCGAGUGUGGACAUUAGCCAUCAAAGAGCUUCCGAAGGACGAUAUCCACGAAAUCAAGCUCCUCAGGUAG